AUGCCAGAAGCAAGAGACCGAAUAGAGAGACCAGUGGAUUACUCAGCAGUAUUUCUCAAUAGACGUUCGAAUGGUGUUUUAAUUGACGAGCCAACAACACAGCUCAAUUUGUUUGGGUCUCCAGUUCAGAGGCUGCCAUUGGAAUCUACAGGAACUGGGUCUAUCGGUCAAGGAUCUAUGAUGGGUAGAGGUAUUAGGGGCAAUUUCGGUAUACGGCGAACCGGUGGUAGAAGAGUUCAAACUCAAUUUAGAUCACCACAGGGAAGAGAAAACAUGAGCUUAGGUGUUACAAGGCGUGGAAGGGGUCGUGCUUCAACUUCUGUGUUGCCUUCUUGGUAUCCAAGAACACCCCUCCGUGAUAUUUCUGCCGUUGUUAGGGCAAUUGAGAGAAGGAGAGCUCGUAUGGGAGAAGGCGUUGGCCGAGAUAUCGACACCCCAACUCCACAACAGCUUGGGGUUCUUGAUUCUCUAGUACCACAGUCAGGUGCUCAGCUCGAGCACGAUUACUCUAUGGUUACUCCUGGUCCAUCUAUUGGAUUCAAGCGUCCCUGGCCACCUUCAACUGCCAAAGUCCAUCAGAUUCUGCUCGAUAUCACGAGAGAAGAUACAGGGGAAGAAGAAUCCCUCACUCCACAGAAGAAGCUCCUCAACUCUAUAGAUAAAGUGGAGAAAGUUGUGAUGGAAGAGAUUCAGAAAAUGAAGAGCACUCCUAGUGCAAAGAGAGCAGAGAGGGAGAAAAGAGUUCGAACGUUAAUGUCGAUGCGAUGA